UUUUAACCAAUCACGUCACUGAAUGGUAAUGCAUAAUGUUUUCCACCGACCAAUCAGAGAAGAGCUCUUUGAAAGAAGACCUGCUACUGUGCCGUCUUUGUGUUGACAUCUGCAGGGGAUUGAGAGGAGAGGCCUCCGACAUCCUCCAUAAUGCUGUCUAGCAAGAAGUCCGAUGCUGGGUCCUCCUCCUCCUCCUCCUCUUCAUCAACUGUUGGAGCAGUAGGAGGCGAUAGGGCCCCGGUUUCUGAUGCCCAAACUGGUCCUUCAGCCGCGGCUGCUGGACCUAUGGAUUCAAAGAAGAAGGAGAGGUCAUCCCCUAGUGGGGAAUCUGGAGGAGCCCCUUUGCCCCACCAGUCAGGCCCUGGGGGGGCAGAUGCGGACUCAGCUGAAGUCCGCAGGACUAGUCGACGCAAGCGAGCAAAACAGGUGGAGUACCGCGAGAUGGACGAAAGCCUGGCCAAUCUAUCGGAGGACGAGUACUACUCUGAGGAGGAGAGGAACGCCAAGGCAGAGAAAGAACGGAAGCAGGUCAUCCCUCCUCCAGCUCCACCGCCAGAGGAGGAGAAUGACAGUGAACCCGAGGAACCAUCUGGUGUGGAAGGAGCUGCUUUCCAGAGCCGUCUUCCUCAUGACCGUAUGACUUCCCAGGAGGCCGCCUGCUUUCCUGACGUCAUCAGUGGUCCCCAGCAGACUCAGAAGGUCUUCCUGUACAUCCGUAACCGUACGCUCCAACUGUGGCUGGACAACCCUAAAAUCCAGUUGACCUUUGAGGCCGCAGCACAGCAGCUUGAAGCUCCAUACAACAGUGAUGCGGUGCUGGUCCACAGGAUACACAGCUACUUAGAAAGGCAUGGUCUCAUCAACUUUGGCAUUUACAAGAGGGUCAAGCCGUUACCCACUAAGAAGACCGGGAAGGUUAUAGUCAUUGGUGGAGGCGUUUCAGGCCUCGCUGCAGCCAGACAGCUGCAGAGCUUUGGGAUGGAUGUUACAGUCCUGGAGGCCAGAGACCGUGUUGGAGGCAGAGUGGCCACAUUUAGGAAGGGGAACUAUGUCGCAGAUCUGGGAGCCAUGGUGGUGACAGGGCUGGGAGGAAAUCCAAUGGCGGUGAUCAGUAAGCAGGUUAACAUGGAGCUGGCCAAGAUCAAACAGAAGUGUCCGCUGUAUGAAGCCAAUGGCCAGGCCGGUGAACGGUGCACAAGUGUACCAAAAGAAAAAGACGAGAUGGUAGAACAAGAGUUCAACCGACUGCUGGAGGCCACCUCUUACCUCAGCCACCAGCUGGACUUCAACUUUCUCAACAACAAACCUGUUUCUCUUGGACAGGCCCUGGAGGUGGUCAUACAGCUGCAGGAGAAGCAUGUAAAAGAUGAGCAGAUAGAACACUGGAAGAAGAUUGUGAAGACUCAGGAAGAUCUCAGGGAUCUUCUCAACAAGAUGGUGAGCACUAAGGAACGUGUUAAGGAACUCCAUCAGCAGUAUAAAGAAGCGAGUGAAGUCAAGCCACCCAGAGAUAUCACGGCUGAGUUCCUCGUGAAGAGCAAGCACCGCGACCUCACGGCUCUCUGCAAAGAGUAUGAUGAGUUGGUGGAGAUGCAGGUCAAGCUUGAAGAAAAGCUCCAGGAGCUGGAGGCCAAUCCACCCAGUGAUGUUUACCUGUCAUCGCGGGAUCGGCAGAUCCUAGACUGGCACUUUGCCAACUUAGAGUUUGCCAACGCUACACCCCUCUCCACCCUUUCUCUCAAGCACUGGGAUCAGGAUGACGACUUUGAGUUCACUGGCAGCCACCUAACAGUAAGGAAUGGUUACUCAUGCGUUCCUGUGGCCCUGGCUGAGGGCUUGGACAUCAAACUAAACACAGCAGUGCGGCAGGUCCGAUAUACAGCAUCUGGCUGUGAGGUGAUAGCUGUCAACACUCGCUCCACGACCCAGACCUUCAUUUACAAGUGUGAUGCCGUGCUGUGCACUCUGCCCCUUGGUGUGUUGAAGCAGCAGCCCCCUGCAGUCCAGUUUGUCCCCCCGCUGCCAGAGUGGAAGACAUCAGCUAUACAGAGGAUGGGCUUUGGCAACCUCAACAAGGUGGUGCUGUGUUUUGACCGUGUGUUCUGGGAUCCAAGCGUUAACCUGUUUGGUCAUGUCGGCUCCACCACUGCAAGUCGGGGCGAACUCUUUCUUUUCUGGAACCUCUACAAAGCCCCGAUCCUACUCGCUCUAAUGGCUGGUGAGGCCGCCGGCAUCAUGGAGAACAUCAGUGAUGACGUUAUUGUGGGCCGCUGCCUGGCCAUUCUCAAAGGAAUAUUUGGAAGCAGUGCCGUACCACAGCCAAAGGAAACUGUGGUCACUCGCUGGCGUGCCGACCCCUGGGCAAGGGGUUCCUACUCAUACGUAGCGGCAGGUUCUUCAGGCAACGACUAUGAUCUUAUGGCACAGCCCAUCAUACCUGGGCCAGCUAUACCAGGAGCCUCACAGCCCGUCCCUCGGCUCUUCUUCGCCGGUGAGCACACCAUCAGAAAUUAUCCUGCUACAGUUCACGGGGCCUUGCUCAGCGGUCUUCGCGAGGCCGGGCGCAUUGCAGAUCAGUUCCUGGGUGCCUUGUACUCGCUCCCCAGACAAGCCACCCCAACAGCCACCACCAACCCUCAGCAGGCUCAGCCCACUGCCAGCGUCUGAAGUGGCCUCUCUCAGUUUGUGCCAACUCAGGACUGGCUGACCAACUACAGUAGUCUGUGAAAAAAACAUAAACUGGUGUCUGUGAGUGGAAGUCCCAGAAACAACUUUGCGUUUUUGCCUUCAGAAUGAAAAAAUGAAACUCGUGAGUCGAUUUUUCUGGCCGCACGUAAUGUGGAAUUGAACACCUUUCAUUGGAGCAUUUCAUUUCUUCGGACUUAUGUUCCCAGCAAAGCUGAGAAUAUGCAUAUACCUGCAUUAAACUAACAGAGAUGGACUACAAAUACUGAGAUGUCAUCAAACAAUAAGUAAUAAAUCCUGAUUUUAUUGCAUACUAAUUGAAUAACCCAUCUCAAACUUUCUAAAUGUGCAGCUUCUCCGUCUUCAAAAACAAAAGUACAGGAUUACUUUUGGUACUUCAAGUGAAUUUAAUGUAUUUGACCUGAUGUGGAGUUCAUCAGAACCAAAUGUCUAUUUAUGUGCCCCUUUUUGAACAUAAAGGAAUGGCUGAAAACCUCUUUAUGUAAUGCACACACAACCUAAUAUCCAGAUGUUAUCCAUGGUAGAUGACCAACUCAGUAGCACAGUCUGUCAAGCCUCAGUCUGUUUUGCUUUUUAAGGGAAAAGCAGUUGUUACUCCAGAGGUCUUGUUUUGGUUGUCUUCAGCAUUGAUAAAUACUGUAGCUGUAUGCCUCUUAAAUUGAAUUUCUGUCUUUCAGGUUGCUGAGUGUAGUGAAAAUUGUUUUUAAAGCUAAAAAGACAGAUAUGUAGAAAGAUUUGUGAAUGUUUUCUGUUGCCAUAGCAGUUUGUCAUUCAUUAUGGUUGUCAACACUUUUUUUUUAUUUUGUCAAAAGUUUUGUUAUUAAAAGAAGACAGAAAAUUGCA